AUCAUGUCGAUAUGCAACCCACAGUUUGAACUGCCCGAGCAGCUAGGCUACGUCCAAUGCAGCUUCUGCGCCACCGUCUUACUCGUGAGUGUGCCGUGCAACAGCCAGCUGCUACAGAUGGUGACGGUCAGGUGCGGCCACUGCACCGGCCUCCUCUCCGUUAGCUUAACCGCGGCUGCAGGGACGUCCUUUCUCCCUCCUCUUGAGCAGGUCCUCGCCUCUCUUCCAGAUGAUCUUAAGGAGGAGUUAUGUGGUGAUGCAGACUGCGGAGCAUGGAAUGAUGUGGGUAACGAGGGGGAGAGGUGGAGGGAGGACGAGGAGAAAGAGAAAGAGAGCAUUAAUCCUACUCCUAGCGCACCCGUACUGGUCAACAAACCUCCGGAGAAGAGGCAGCGGGCUCCCUCGGCUUAUAAUCGUUUCAUCAAGGAAGAGAUACAGAGGAUCAAGACCAAAGACCCCACCAUUACUCACAAAGCGGCCUUCAGCACAGCUGCUAAAAAUUGGGCUCACUUUCCUCGGAUUCCGGCCAAGGGAGAUGGGGAGAGCUGCAGUGUUAGUGGUGAAGAAAAAGACUAG